UAGCUCGAUCUUAGCGGUCAACAGAUGCUUUUCUUUUCAACGAAUUUGUUUUGUGUCUAUUUUCUUUCUCUCUAUAAUAAUCUAUGUUAUAAUGACCGAUUCAGAUAUAAAGGACGUAACUGGCUAUGGCAUGAAAGUUUUUAACGAUUAUAAAAUAUGCUACCGAAUUAACAAAAUAAAAGUUGUAGUUUCACUUUCACUUUUUUGAGCCCUUGUACGUUUAGUUGCCGUUUAACGCGUUUACAAAAUGAACCCCCUUUUCCCAAUUUCUUCGAGUGGUUCACUUUUUCCAGUUUGUGAAGAUGUACAAGAAUCAAAAGGUACUACGAGUCAUGAAGCAAGGUUAGACUGGUUGGAAAAUAAGAGUUUCCCAGGCAUACAGUCCAAUGUACAGAGUUUACAAGAGAGAAAAGAACAUAUUAUCUUAAAAAGGAAAGCCGGUGAAUCACCAGAUGAUACAGAACCAGAUGACACAGAACCAGAUGACACUGAAACAAAAGGUAUGUUGAGGUGGAAAAAGAGAAAGAAGAAAAAGAAACAUAAACACAAAAAGAAUAAGAAAAAAGAUCACAUGAUAGAAGUGCCAAGAACACCAAGUCCUGUUGGGGCCAAGUCAAAGUUAUCAGAAACUCAAAGAAACAAGGUGUUUAUAGAAGAGUUGGCAUUUCUUGAGCCAGAGGAUGCCUUCAGAAUUGAUCGAAAAUCCAACAUCCAUAACUGGAAGUAUGAAUCUCUCUAUAAAGGACACAUUGCGGCCUUUACGCAGACCUUCAAAUCAGGUUUAGGGGGAGGUCAUCAAUCUAAAGAAAACAAGCACAAAAGUAAAGACAAAACGAAACGAUACUUCAGCCGGGAAAACAGGAAGGUUUCUUCACAAGCUCCAUCGUCCCAUUUCUUGCCAAGCAAAGAUAACCAUGGUUUCCAGUCUGAUAUUAUACCUGUGCCUUCAGAAGUAAUUGAAUGCUCAAGUCGGGAGAAAUGUGAUCAGGAUAUAAGGCAGCAACUGAUGGACAAAAGCACUUCACACUACAUAAAGGGAAUAGGUGUGGAGACAGUGGACAAAGAUGUCAGUUUAACAGAAACGGAAUACAGACGGAACAAGAAAACCGCCGAGUUCAAUCGCAGAACAAGGGAAGAACCUCACAAUACAGACCUGUGGUUGGAAUUUGUAGAGUUUCAGGAUUCAUUGCUCAGGUUCCCAGAAUCAGAAGGACAUUUUAAAAUCUCUAAGGCAGCUGUACAGGAGAAAAAGAUUGCCAUUAUGAAAAAAGCUAUGGAAGUGAAUCAGGGUAACAUUGUAUUAAAACUCAAGUAUUUACAGUUAUGUCAGGGAGCAAUGGAAUCAGACCAAGUCAACAAAGAAAUGGAGGACUUGAUAUUUCACAACCCUGCUAAUGUCGCCUUGUGGAGGCAGUACCUGCUGUUCAAUCAGAGCAGACUUGCUAGUUUUUCUGUGUCCAGAAUGUGUAAGCUGUAUCAGAAGUGCAUCACAACUCUUGUUAAAUAUCAGGAAGGUCGACUGAAGACACAUACUCUUCCCGUGAACCUGUCACAUGAUUUAGUUGGCAUUUUUGUUGAGCUCUGCACUUUUCUGAAGCAAGCUGGACACAAGGAGAAAGCAAUGGCUGCAUUCCAGGCUCUGAUUGAGCUAAAUCUUUGUUGCCCUGAACGCCUGAGGUCGGCAGAACUGAGUGACAAGAUCAUCAUUCUGGAGAGUUUUUGGGAUAGUGGGGUGCAGCGUUUUGGAGAGGAAGGAGCUAAAGGAUGGAGCUUCUGGAUGGAUAAUAAAGAGUCACUUCAUGCAGAAAGCGAAAGUAGUGGGAAAGAGCCAUCAUUAGAUGAUGAAGAGCAGACCAUUUUAGAGAGAGGGAGUGAAAAGUGGGAAACAUGGCUGCAGAUAGAAACGCUCAGGGAGUCCGCCCAUUGGUUACCAUGGAAACCAGACCUGUCUGCAGGGGAGACAAUGGAUGAUUGUGAGGAUGUGGACAAACUCGUUUUAUUUGAUGACAUUUCACAAUUUCUGUUCUGUUUGCCUGAAGACUUAUGUCUUAAACUAUUGUAUGAAUUUCUUAAUUUUCUUGGAUUUGAAAAUUGUCAACAAGGAAAAUGUGUUCAGGAUACAAAAAGACUGUAUCAUAUAUUUAAUUCUUUUGGAAUGGAAGAUUUUAAAAAACCAUGUCCAGUGGCAGAACAGAGAUUUUUACAUACAUUUAUUGGUAAUGUUAUUCAGCAAGGAUUGCUAAAUUUCCAGGGAGUAUUCCAAACAGAAUUAACAGCUCUCUGGUUAAGAUAUCAAACAAGAAAUGAAAUCAAUGAAAAAACUGACAUUAAGAAGUUCAAGAAAAUAGCCAGGAAUGUGUUGAAGGAUUCAAUGAACAGAAACAGGAAGGCGGUCUGGAUGGAGUACAGCAAUCUCCUCUUUAGUCUUGGAGAUCAAAAUGGUGCAACAGAGGUGCUUGAAAUGGCCAUACCAAUGUUGUGUGUCAACACAGAUGAUGGAAAAGAAUGUGUUCCAGCAUUUUAUAGAGCUCUUGUUGAAAUUUUGCUAAAAUUUCCUGUUGAUACCAAUAUAUUUCAGUUCAACAAGAAUAGCAUUAGUGUUAGUUCAGAAUCAGUAAGCAGAAGUAUCCAUGUACUGAUUUGUUUGUGCGAGAAUCGUCACAGUGACCUCAAAAAUCCUGAAAGUACUAGUUCUGUGACCAGAUUAAAAAGUAGAAAGAAAAUGGAGGAGCUGUUGAAUUUGCUUUUACAGGACUACAAGGAGGAAUCAGAAAGAAGCAGAGAAGAAUAUGGGUAUCUUUUGGAUAUUACUCGGUGCUGUGCGUUGUAUGAAUAUGCCUUCUCUGACCUGAACUUGGACAGUGCCUUGUGUGUUUUAAACAAAGUGCAAUCUUUUUUAUUCAAUUUAUCAAUUUUAAAUACAGACGACGACAGCUGCAGUGUGAACAAGAAUUUGGAUCAUUGUCUUGAACAGAUUUUCAGAUACAAGAUCAAGAUUAUCCAUCACCACAUGUCUGUACAUCAUUCCUCAUUAACUCCACUUCGAACAACGGUGGAAGCUGCGCUAGAAGUCUUCCCAAACCAUGUGUAUUUUUUGACUGUGUUUUUGGAGAUAGAGAGAGGCUGUAUGGUAUUUGGUAGACUAGACAGAUUCUAUGGCCAUCACCUUGGAAGAGUGAAGUCCCCUGACCUUACUGUUUUUGCUGUGGCGUCGUUGAUACAAAGACAAGUACACAGAAUGACCAUUAUCAGUGAUGAAUCUGAUGAAUCUGUGACACAUUUUGGCAGUGGUGUGAUGCACAAGAUCAGGAGUUACCUUGAGAGGUCCUUAGAACUCCCCGAGUUACAGCACUGUUCAUUCUUGUGGAGUCUGUACUUGUACUGUGAGGCAAAUUUUGGUCAAAGUGAAAGAGCAAGUGGUUUGUAUUACAGAUCUCUACAGCAAUGCCCAUGGGCCAAGAGUCUUUAUAUGGAUGGUGUGAAAAUUUUCAAAAACUCCAAACUGGAAGAAAUCACCGACUUGAUACUGGAGAAAGAAAUUCGACUGCAGAUUCCACUUGAAGAAAUUGAUAUUUUACAGAGCUGAACCGCAGUAAUACAAGAUAGAUAACUCCAAGUGACUGUAGCAAUGAAAUCUUAUGAUUUAUGUUCCAUUGUUGUCAAUCACAUGUUAGAGGAAACAGUCUGAAUUUUAUAACAUCUUGUAUGGAAGUUGAUUUGUUAUAAGCAAACGGUUCGGAAAAAGAACCCCCAAACGAGAAUAAAAACCUUCAAAUUCAAA